GUAAGGGCACGACUGUAGCGAGGCUGAGGUCGAGUCCGACUCGGCGCGGAAUUCGACGAUGCUGGCCUCGUCAACGUCCAAGUCGGCGAAGGUGGCAAACAAGGUGAGCCCGGAGGUGCAAAAGGUCCCUCCGACGCAGGUUCGGCGCGAACAAAUCGUGGCGCACCUGGAUGGCCGCGGUCUAGGCAUUGGGCUCGGCAUCAUGACCAUUUUCGCCCUUUUUGCAGACGACAUGCGCGUCAGCGGGUUUUCAGGGGAAGCCGACAGCGCGUUCUAUGUCCUGCUCAUCCUCACGUUUGUGGGGUUUGCAGUCGAGAUGGCGGCCAACAUGUAUGCGCGGCCGGGGUACUUCAACCGCGGCAUGUCGUUUACGUUUUGGAUGGACUUGAUCUCGACGAUUACGAUCCUGUCGGACGUACCGUGGGCGAUGAGCUUGAUUGUGCCAGACGAUACGAACACGAAGGGAAUCGCGUCGGCAUCGCUGCAGGCGGGAAAAGCUGGGCGAGCGGGUACGAAGGCGGGCCGCAUGGUCAAGUUGAUUCGCCUCAUCCGACUCAUUCGGGUGUCGCGGAUGUUCCGCAACAAGGACGAGGCUGAAGAAGUCCAGCUCAACGAGCCGUCGAAAGUCGGUCGGAUUUUGACAGAGCUCACGACCCGCCGCUUGAUUGUGCUCGUGCUGACGAUGGUUAUCUUUUUGCCCGUGAUCGACAUGUCACUGUCCAGCGUGGACGCGUACCAGUACGACGCAUUCUUUCACCUGCACCGCCUCGCGCAGGAUUACAAUGCAACGGGGGACGUCUCGAUGGCGGCAUUCCAAACGUCGUUUCAGGAAUACAUCCGGCAGUGCGACGGGCUCAUCUUGAGCGCCGUCGUGUACGGGAUUCCGACCAACUUGACGAACGAAUGGAUGCACCAGAUGAGGUUUCAAAGCCUGACGUCGACGGGCGCGGUCGACGCCACGUCCCCGUACACGCUGAAAAAGAACCCGACGUCCGGCUGGAGCUCCGAUUACUUGACGACGGACCUGUCCACCCUACGAAAAACGGAUCUCGACACGUCGACAAGCAUCUACGCGUGCUACGCGGCCGACGGAACCGUGUACGAUACGUCGUGCUUUUCCGGCGUCGUGUUCAACAUCCAAGGGCAAAACACGGCGGAUGCGCACUCGAGCGUCGGCAAGACAUGCAUUAUCGUGUUUGUGUUUGGGAUGAGCAUUUUCUUCUUCACCAAGGAUUCGGACCAGCUCGUGAUCGGGCCGGUCGAGCGCAUGAUGGCGCUCGUGAACCGACUGGCGGAGAACCCCCUCGAGAACGUCGAGGUCGUUGAAGACUUGGAGCAAGAGUACGAGACUCGAAUGCUUGAAAAAACGAUCGCCAAGAUCGGCCGGCUGCUGCAAGUCGGGUUUGGCAGCGCCGGCACGGAAAUCAUUUCGAAAAACAUGGGCGGCACGGGCGAGCUCAACGUGAUGAUUCCAGGCAAGAAGAUCUCGUCCAUCUUUGGCUUUGGCAUCAUCGAACACUUUACCGAGACGUGCUCGAUUCUCGAGGAAAGCGUCAUCACCUACAUCAACACGCUUGCCGAUAUUGUUCACAGCGACGCCAACAUGUACUAUGGCGCGGCCAACAAGAAUAUCGGGUCGGCAUUCUUGAUCGCGUGGAAAAUCUGCGAUGGCGCUCUCCCGGGGAUGCGCGACCCGCGGGACCCGGCGACCAAGCCUGUCAUGGACGCAGCGGAGCGGAUCAAGAAGCGCGCCGACAUUGGCGUCAUGUUGAAGGCGACGGGGUUGCUGCCGCGCAAGAUCUGUCCGCAGGAACUCGUCGACUCGGCCCUCAUCGCGGUGCUGCGCAUGCGCGUCGAAAUCCACGCGGCAAACCAGCCCAACGGCCGGUUCCACGUGUACUUGAACAACAAGUCGCUCCAACACAAGUUUGACAACCACUUUCACGUCGCCAUGGGGUUUGGCCUGCACAUUGGGUGGGCAAUCGAAGGCGCGAUCGGCUCGAAAUUCAAAAUCGACGCGUCGUACCUGAGCCCGAACGUCAACAUGGCAGCUCGCCUCGAGAACGCGACGGGGCAGUUCCAGUGCGACAUGCUCAUCAGCGAAUGGUUCAUCGAUGAGCUGAGCCCCGUGGUCAAGUCGUACUGCCGCAAAGUCGACCGUGUGACCGUCAAGGGCAGCGAGAUCCCGAUGGACUUGUGGACGUUCGACAUUGGCAACUACGUCGACAUUCCACUGCCGCUCGUGGACCCGAACGGCGUUCAGAUGCCGAUGGAUUUUGACCGGCACAAUUUUCUCGCGGUGCUGCAGGAGAAGAUCCCGCGCGAGUUUUUUACGCUCUUCAACGACGGCAUGCAGCAAUACUUGGACGGCCACUGGGACAAGGCGCACACGGCGUUGACAGCUGCCUAUGCCGUAUAUCCCGACGGCCCGACGGACGUCCUCCUCAAAACGCUGGCGCGGGAGAACUCAGACACGAACGGCGGGUAUGCCGCGCCGACGUGGUGGAAAGGGUUCCGGCCGCUCACCGAGAAAUAGGACUUAGGGACUACUAUGUGACGACCUGGCACGAGACAAUAGAGCAACGUGCACCUUGGUUUAAACUGUAAUAAACACACGAUUCAUUCACA